AUGUACGCACUGACUCAAACUGCUUAUUAUGCCUGCAUGGCGCUUAGUUUCUGGUACGGCGGCACACUCAUCCUCUCUGGCGAGUAUAGUCUCUUCAAGACAGUUUCUAUUCAGUCUGCCAUGCUCCUCAGUGCCUACUCUGCUGGGUUGGCCGCUGCUUCCCUUCAAGAUCUCCUGGCUCAGAAAUCUGCAAUCAACCCACUUUCAACAGUCGGUGUCGACCCUGGUGCCAUCCAAGGCCACAUAGAGUUUGACUCAGUCAGUUUUACGUACCUUUCGCGCCCUAAUCAUCUCGUCUUGAAGAAUUUAAGUCUGACGAUUCCCGCUGGCGCGAAUGUUGCAUUCGUUGGCACUACUGGGUCCGGGAAAAGCACCAUUGUGUCGCUAAUCGAGCGCUUCUAUGACCCUACCAGCGGAUCAGUGCUUGUUGACUCCAAACCCAUUCAGUCUUUCCGCAUGUACGACUACAGGAAGCGCAUCGGUCUUGUGAGCCAGGAUCCCAUUCUAUACAGCGGAACCGUCAAGUCGAACUUGACCAUCGGGCUAGAUGACGACGAAAAACCCACCGACGAGGCAAUUGAGAAAGCCUGCAAAGAAGCGAAUAUCUACGACUUUAUAUCCAGUCUCCCGGACGGAUUCAAUACGGAAGUAGGGAGCCGGGGUAGCCAACUCAGCGUUGGACAGAAGCAAAGAGUCGCGCUGGCCCGAGCAUUGCUUCGACAGCCAAUGAUUCUACUCCUGGAUGAAGCGACUUCCGCGUUGGAUUCACAGUCAGAAUCAGGCAUCCAGCAAGCACUUGAUAAAUUGAAGAAGGGGUGCACGACAAUUACCAUUGCCCACCGGUUGAGCACGAUUGUCAACGCGGAUCGAAUCUACGUGAUUGACGACGGCACCGUUGUCGAACAUGGGACUCAUACCCAGCUGAUGGCGAUGAAGAGCAAGUAUUAUAGGCUUUAUACGGCAAGCAAGAGUGGUCAGACUCUAUAG